CCCCAACCCGGGUUUUUCCUCCCCUCUCUUCCAAGUUGCAUCUGCUGCAAUUUCUUGCAGUCGCAUACUAUCGUUUUCCCGGCAGGUUUCUUGCGCAGCCUGCCCAAUCCAUCCGCGUCCCAACACCCUCUCCGUUUGACCCCUCGUGAUUCCCUCCCGUUGAAGCUAUCCUACCGCAUACAGCUCCCGAAGCUCCGCAACGAUGGCUCCCCGAGGGCCUGCAAAGGCUCGCGAAUACGAUUAUGCCAAUGUUGGCAAAGCCGGAAGGCGCACGGGGUUAAUGUUAAAGGAAGGCAAGCGCGAUGAACAUGGGAUGGAAGAAGUCGAAGGGAUAUUUUCUUCCCCCGAAACCUCUCCCGUCAAAGAGAACAGCUUCGGUAACCGAAACGAGACCUCCAUCGGCUCGGACGGCAUGUCCAUGGAUGAGGGGAAUGGACCGGGUCCGGCCGAUUUCCUGAAGGGAAGACGUAGCUCUUAUUUCCCACCUCCUGUUGCGCGCUCGCCAAUGAAGACCGGCCUGACUGGCUCCCCGCGGAGGACUCCUGGCCUGCGAUCUUCUCAGAGUCCGCAACGCGACUACCCGUAUUCAAGUCCUUCAGAUGGAAAGGGCCUGGGAAGUACGAGAGGCGAAUCACGACGAGAUGUAUCUCCACUUACUAGCCGUUCCAUAAAUGCGGCACCGUCGUUCAAUCAUAUAAAUGGCUCACGAAACAACAAAUUGAAUGAGGACAUUUCUGAGGAGGCUAUGGAUUCUGGCUUUUCUGACAGUGAUGCCAACAGCCAGCUGAACACAGAUGAGAACGGGCAUUCAUACGGACAGAUCCAUGAUAACUUCGUCGACAGCUUCAACGCCGGGGAUGACACAUUAAUGGCCGACCACACGGAUGAGCCAGAUGAGAAUGGCGCCGACCUGGACUCGCCAGUAACCGUGGCUUCCGAAUCGCGCAACAAGAGGGGGCAGGUCAAACCUACUCCAAAAAAUACUAGAGAUGCCAAAGGUGCAAGAUCCGGGGGGUCCACCACAGUGCAGGAUAAUGAGCCUGGGGAAGAGCCUACACAAAAGCGGAAACGUCCUGGGAGGCCUCCCAGGACCCAACGCAAGCCUAACGAUGAAACGGAGGAACAACGGCCGACGAAAAAGCCUCGGGCGUCUGAUGAGAACAAUAGAGACCCAAGCUCUUCGGGCAAUGCAGACCUGGACAAGGUUGUGGAGAGUUAUGUCAAUCGCACGGGGCCAUUGAAGGGCCGGGGCCUCUAUAUUUUGAAGCGCGAAGUACCUUCGGAUGGCGCUGCCACUCAUACACGAUCAGGACGUGUUUCGGUCAGACCCCUCGCUUACUGGCGGAAUGAACGGUGCGUUUAUGGCGAUGGUGAGGUGGCAGAGGGCCAACGGUAUCCGCUUUCAACCAUCAAGGAGAUUAUCCGCACAGAAGAACUGGAGCCAGAGAAAACAAGAUCGAAUAAGCGCCGCCCUGCCAAAAACUCCAAGUCAAGGAAGAACAAGGAUGACGAUUCGGAUGACGAAGGGGAAUACGUUGAUCCUUGGGAGAAAAAAACCGGGAUCUUGCAUGGUUAUAUCAGGAAGUGGGACGAGGAGGCUCAGGCAGUUGGCGAGGAUGAGGAUAUCGUUGACCUUGCUUAUGCACCGGCUGGGAUGGAAACAAGGAGUGUAAAGGAUUCCUCAUGGCGAUUCGCGAAGCUUCUCAGCUCCCCCUUUUUGGGCUCUGGGAUCGUUGAAUUGCCGCCUGGCGGAGUAAAAAAGCCCAAGAAUUCUAAGAAGAUGCACAUGGUCUUCUACAUCUGCCAGGGCCGGGUGCAAGUAGAUAUCUCUGGUGUCCGAUUCAGUGCCGGCAAGGGCUGUGUAUUCCAGGUUCCGAGAGGAAACUAUUACAGCUUUGCCAAUACGCAGAAUAAAGAUGCCCGAUUGUUCUUCACACAAGGCUGUGUUCCGACGAACGACGAUGACUCUCUCCCCGGAUCGGCGACUAAACCCGGUGCCAUGGAUGGUGAUUCUAGCACACCAACAGGACGUCCGACCAGCGUGAAGGGCAGGCCCAGGGGCAAACAGAAAGCUGGCGGGCGUAAAGCAACGUGAUUGCCACUUCAACGUCGGUCCGACCGUGUUCUCCUAUCUUUUCGAAACAUUCAUCACCUAUAUCCUGCCCGCUGUAGGGCUUUGACCUCUGGAUUAGCGAACUAGUUACGUGAAAUUGUUGGGAUGAAAGUGUGCUUACGUCCUCAUAGCUCCGUCCCUAUUCUAUUCAUCUCUUUUCCCCCCUCUCUCUUUCUGACAACGGGUUAUCAAUAAGCAAGUAGGCUUGGGUUGUAGAAUUAUCGGAGUACCUUUUGAGGGAGAUAGGAGUACAUUCUAGCAAAUUGUCUCGCUGUCCUGUGUUUAUACUUGACGCCCUGGAAGAACAUGUC